UCCACUGUCUGUCCUUUACAGAGUAGCUUAAAUCAGGUGUGGACAGGCUUUUUAAACGACCUGCAACACCAGUUUUUCAAGCAACGACAGAAAAUCUCAAAGGCACAGACGAUCCUCCUGGCUGCUGCUGUUGUCUAUCUAACCAUGUGGCCUUUUAAUUUUUUUCUGAGUUUUGACCUGAAGGGACUAUUCCUGUUUAUUCUUCUGUUUAUUCUAAUAGCAGACUACCUUAAACACAGGAAUCCACCAAAUUAUCCUCCAGGACCACGGGGUCUACCCAUCGUGGGGAAUUUCUUGAGUGUGGAUGGAAAACACCUCCACAAUUAUUUUACCAAGCUGGCGAAGACCUAUGGGAAUGUAGUCAGUGUCCGCCUUGGUGGUGAUAAGAUAGUGUUUGUGUCUGGAUACAAGAUGGUGAAGGAAGCCGUAGUGACACAGGCUGAGAACUUUGUGGAUCGACCAUACAGUGCAAUGGCUGAUAGGAUAUACUCAGGAACCUCAGGUGGUCUAUUCCAGAGCAAUGGCGAAAUAUGGAAGAAACAGCGACGCUUUGCUUUGUCAACCCUACGUACCUUUGGAAUGGGCAAAAACAUCGCAGAACAGAGUAUCUGUGAGGAGCUCCGACACCUGCAGGAGGAGAUGGAGAAAGAAAAAGGUGGACCUUUCAACCCAGGAACCCUUUUCAACAACGCUGUAUCCAACAUUAUUUGCCAGCUGGUGAUGGGGAAAAGGUUUGACUACAGCAACCACAACUUCCAGAUCAUGCUUCAGUAUAUCUCUGAGACCCUUCGCCUGCAGGGAAGCAUAUGGGGUCUGCUCUAUGACUCCUUCCCUGGAGUGAUGAAGUACCUGCCAGGUCCUCACAAUAAAGUCUUCCCCAGUGCAAAACUCAUUGAAAACUUCAUUGGUCAGGAAGUAAACAGGCACAAGAAGAACCUGGACUGCAACAAUCCUCGAGACUACAUUGACACUUUCCUGAUUGAGAUGAAGAAGUACAAGGAGGGUGAGCUGGGCUUCACUGAGACCAAUAUGGCUCUGUGCUCUGUGGAUCUCUGGCUGGCUGGAACAGAAACAACCUCCACUACUAUGCUGUGGGCUUUGGUUUACCUCAUGAAAUAUCCUGAGAUCCAGGAGAAAGUCCAGGUUGAGAUAGACAGAGUGAUCGGACAGAACCGCCAGCCCUCCAUGGCUGACAGACCAAACAUGCCCUACACUGAUGCCGUCAUCCAUGAGAUCCAGAGGAUGGGAAAUAUUGUUCCACUCAAUGGACCCAGGAUCGCUGCCAAGGAUACAACACUGGGUGGUUACUUCAUACCAAAGGGUACAUUCUUGUUGCCCUUCCUGACCUCUGUGCUGUUUGACAAGAACGAAUGGAAGACUCCAGACACCUUCAAUCCAGGACACUUCCUAGAUGCUGAAGGGAAGUUUGUGAAGAGAGAAGCAUUCCUGCCUUUUUCUGCAGGGAAACGUGUGUGUCUUGGAGAAGGCCUCGCCAAGAUGGAGCUGUUCCUGUUUUUGGUCGGUUUACUGCAGAAGUUCUCUUUUUCUGUUCCUGAUGGAGAUGAGCUGACAACUGAAGGCAUUACUGGAGUUACUCGUGCACCUGUUCCCUUCAAACUUCAUGCCAAAGUCCGCUGAAUUAUGCAGCAUCUCAUGAUGCAUGAAUCCCGUCUAGCAGGGAAGACUGAGCAAAAUGCUUUAGGAGAUAAAGUUGUAAUCUGAACUUUUCAUUCUCAUGUGAUUGAUGUCUGUGAGGAGGACCUGUUCAAUUUUUUUGUGAAUGACACACUCAUCUUUACAUAAUAUUUUUGUUUUAUUAGCACUAUUGACAACAAAACAUUUCCAAUGAUAUUGCAAAUAUGUCUUUUGUAAAAUAACAGUGAAGCUGUACUAUUUUUGUAACAAUCAGCUCUAUAAAUUGAAGCGAUGUUGUGUUUUA